UAUAAGCUAUAUAAUUAUUACUAGGUUAAUAAGGAAAAAGGUAUAUUCCUUAAAGCGAUAUAAAGAGAAGAGUGCACUAAGUCAGUUAUAUAGAAAUAUUAUAAGUAAUAAGUAA